CUAACUUCAACGCUGGACUUGAACUGACCCACUUUUCCAAUGUUGCAACUCUAGAACAUACAUAGUAAUAAUUUCACGGCAGCGUCUUAGAUCUUGCAACCAUGCUGUCCUUGGAUCCAAAACAUCCUACUAAAUCAUUGCUCGGUACAUUUGCCACUUGGAAAGUUUUCCUACUAGCUAUUGUCCUCGGAAGUAGCGUCGGCCCGGCUUACGACACCUCAAGUACCUUGCUUUCCCCUGAAAUCGCUUCAUCCAACGAGUCCGUGUUCGACUUGGUUACCAAGCUCACAAGAUGGGACUCUAUCUACUUUAUACAAAACGCUCGUCGAGGCUACUUCUUUGAGCAGGAAUGGGCUUUUGGUUCUGGUCUACCAGCUGUCAUCUCGUUUUUUGUCCAGCUACUUUCGACUAUUGGCAUUGAAGCCCAUGGCUCCCUUGAGCCACUCAUCGGAAUUUUUGUAGCUCAUAUCUCCCACUUACUCUCCGUGCUCGUCUUGUACCAGCUUGGACUUGUCGUUUCGAAAAACCAACGACUAUCAUUCGUAGCAGCCCUACUUCAUGUUUUCUCCCCAGCUGGGCUCUUCUUGUCGGCCCCUUACAAUGAGAGCCCUUACGCUCUCUUAUCUUUCACUGGCUACCUAUUCUUCGCAAAGGGAUUGCUCGGCAAUACCCGGACCUUUGCCCACGACGUAAGCAUAGUGGCUUCGGGUAUGUGGUUUGGGUUCGCAACCACGUUUCGUAGUAAUGGCCUGUUCAAUGGAAUACCAUUUGCCGUCGCGCUGGCGCAGGAACUCUCCGCGGCCCCUACUCUUUCUAGCGUUCGACGACGGCUUGCUUUGGUCAUUGGGGGAUCAGCAAUUGCAAUUGGCUUCGCAGUGCCGCAAUUGACUGCUUAUCUAACUUACUGCUCUGGCCGGUCUGGGGCUGAAGUUAGACCCUGGUGCACGAGCUAUUUCCCCAGUAUUUAUUCAUUCGUCCAGGAACAUUACUGGAACGUUGGGUUUCUCCGAUACUGGACCCUCCCCAAUAUACCUCUUUUCCUUCUCGCAGCACCGAUGCUCUACAUUUUGAUACAAUCAUCUCUAGGAUUCAUAAGACAGCCUUUGACAUUUGUAGCGAAGAAGUUUAAUCUGGUUAAUUCGUCUCAUCUACCUAUGCUAAUCCAGUCGAUGGCCGUAUCACAACUUAUUUUGGCUGUUUUGGCUAUCUCCAACUAUCACAUCCAGAUCAUCACGAGAAUCGCGUCGGGGUACCCACUCUGGUACUGGUGGGUAGCUGGUCAGGUUUCCGAUACGAAGACUUCGGCAUUUGGGAGUAACGUUGUGAGGUUCAUGGUUAUGUAUGCUGUUAUUCAAGGAGCCUUGUUUGCCUCUUUCCUUCCCCCAGCAUAGCGCAUUUAAUCGAUAGGUAUCAUCUGCACCUUCCAAGUAAAAUUGUGCCAUUUGCGGGCUAUUCACAUAGCGAUUUUUGGCGGCAUAUCUGGCGACAACUAGCACUUGCUUACAUAAUACGUCUUGCGUUGAAUAAAGAUUGAAGCUAUUCACGUUAACCCUAAUGAAGCCUUAAGCGGCUACUCGUUAGAUAUCUUGACACCAACUAAGGAUAAAUAAUGAC